AUGGUGGAGCAGCAGAGGAACUUAGACGGACAAGGAGGAAGAGCAAAGGAAAGGAGCUUUUUCUUCUUCUUAGCCAUUGUGGCUUUUUCGUUUGUCAUUGUGAGGCCAGCCGACGGCGACAAAUUAGGGUUUGGUGACUUAAUGCCGAAAAAGUCGCCUUUUUAUUGUCGAAAAGAUAAAUAUACCCAUUUUUAG